UAAAUAAUUUCCAUUAAAAUAUUAUUAUUACCAAAAAGGCUUCUACAUCGGAUUAUCAGAUUCUUGAACAGGUAACUUCUGCAAGGUAUCUUCACGCAAUCGCAGGUCACGCAAGACACUGAGGAUGACUUACUCCAGUUCCACUCACUCUGAACAAACCCCAGAAAAACAGCAUCAGAGAAUUAUUGUACGAAACAACUAUGGUGAAAAGCUUGUGGGUGUAUUAAGUGAAAGUGGGACACUGGAGAUUGCAGUCUUGUGUCAUGGUUUUCAAUCAACAAAGGAAAGUAGCACAAUUGCAAGUAUUGCAGGCGCUUUAGAAAAAGAGGGGAUUAGCGUGUUCUCCUUUGAUUUUGCUGGAAAUGGGGAAAGCGAAGGCACAUUCGAGUAUGGUAACUAUUGGAGAGAAGCUGAUGACUUGAGUGCUGUAAUUAAACACUUAAAUGGAAUGAAACGUGUAGUAACUGCAAUUGUUGGGCAUAGCAAAGGGGGUGAUGUGGUGCUUCUUUACGCAUCGAAGUAUCACGAUAUCAACAGAGUUGUUAAUGUUUCUGGCCGCUACAAUCUAGAGAGAGGCAAUGAAGAUCGUUUGGGUAAAGACUUUCUGCAAGUGAUCCAGAAGGAUGGAUUCAUUGAUAUUAAGAAUAAAAAAGGGGAUACUCAACGAGUUACCAAGAAAAGUUUGAUGGAACGCUUAAAUACCAAUAUUCACGAGGCUUGCCUUAAUAUUGACAAUACAUGCAGGGUUUUGACAGUCCAUGGAUCUGAUGACGAAGUCAUUCCUGUCGAAGAUGCUAUGGAGUUUGACAAAAUCAUCCCGAACCACAAAUUGCACAUAGUAGAAGGAGCCAAUCAUUCGUACACGUCACACCAAAUCGAAUUAGCUUCUGUAGUUGUGCCUUUCAUAAAGGAUGGUAUUGAGCACAAAGAUGCAUAAGCAAGGUUUAAAACUUAUCACACUGUUCCUUGCUUAAUUGUACCAUAUCAUAGUGCAGCUCGGGGAGCUGAACCACGCAUGAUUCAACAAACAAUAUCGGAAUUCUAGUUCUGCUUUUGAUCGUUUUCAGUUUGAGGCGUACAAAGCAUUGGUUGUUGUACAAAUUCUAGGUACCUGAGUUUUUGGGGUUUGGUCUGUUUGGCCCUUUGUUCUAUUGUGGUCUGUAUUUUUAGUACACCUUAUCAAGACUUUUGUAUCAAAACUAUGUGUACCAUCCA